CAGAGUGUCUCUAGAGAAGUCGGCGCCCCAAGGAGAAAGGAAGAAGAGGGACUCUGUGGGAUUGAGGCGACCUUCGAGUCGGACUCGAGUCAUAAAGCUCUCCACGUCACGUGACCAACCUCACCCUCGAGCCGCAACAUCCUCAAUUUUAGCCGUGGCAAAUAGAGUGGAAGGACGUGGCCUGCUCGUCCCCUCUAAAGGCCCCCAGCCUGGAUUCGGCCCUUCAGCGAACCCUAGUAUUCCAGGGUGCAGCAUUCAAGGUCAAGAUCGCGCGGCGGCUGUCUAGGGUGCCUCGGGACUCCGGACUCCUCGGUUUCCUAACCGAGAAGGGGGAGCCCUGCAAAUUGGGGGGUCUUAGUCUCGGGGAAGGGGUUCUUUCCGGUCAGCGAUCACCCCUUCCGUGUGGGGUGGGCGGACCCUCCCCGGGGUUCUGCUGGGGCUGAGCGCCCUGGGGAAAUGGGUCCCCAAGUUGCCCUCCUGGUGGCGGCGCUAGCCGGCUGCCUGCUUCCUGCCCGGAGCUGUGUCACUUGUGAUCGAAGGGUCGUGGCCGCGCUGGACGCCUUGGAAAAGGAAUACCUGCCUACCCACCUGGCGCCCGAGCGUCACAGAGAAGUGAUGGAAAAGAUAAGACAAACCGUGAGGAAUUUCCGGGACCUGCCAGAUUUAGAGGAUACCUUUAUGGGGGUUAUCGAUGAGGCCACAAUGGAAACGUCAGUCUUGAGUUUUCUGAGGAGUGUGAGGCUUAUCAGAAACAGUGAUAUAGCAGAUGACACUUUCGUGAACGAGUUCUCCUGGAUGUUGACUCUGGAAAAGGCAGCCUUUCGUGGCUACGUCACUCGAUUCCAAAGAGAGGAUUUCUGUCCCAACAAAUGUGGUACAAUGUUGCAGCUUCUGAUCUGGUGCAGUAACUGUAAAAAGCAGCUUCACGUUUGUCGAAAAUCCAGAGAUUGUGGGGUGCUCCAAAUCAACGUCCAUGAAACGGAAGACCUGAUCCUGGACUGUGAGCUCGACUGGCAUAAAUUAUCUCAAGGCCUGACCUAUUACAGCUUUUACAGGGUUUGGGGGAGCGAUUCUGAGACCUUGGUGUCCGAGGGGAAACGGCCCACCCUGAUCAAGCGACUGGUGAGGCCAGAGGAUGCGGGUAACUACCGCUGCGAGUUGGGCACUGAGCGAUCCGGCCCAGCCACGGUCAUCCGUUUUGAAGUCACAGUGUUGCCCAAAAGAGUCAUUGGGGAGAUCCCGAAAUCAAACCCCGGGACCCAGUAUCAGCGGUUUCGAUCCCUCAAGCCGUCAGAGUGUCUGAAUCCCAAGGACGUGCUGAGAGGCUUUCUGUUCGAGAUGCUGAUCUGGGGCUUUGUGUUUCUGAUCCUAGGCUUUGCCACCUCGUGAGCCGCCUCCCGGAGAAGGCAGGGCUUGGGGCGAGGGGCGCGGUCUCCAACGUCCUAACGUAGGAGGGGGUGUUAGGGGGAGGGGCUUAGAAGAGAGGGGCGUGCUUACCUAGGGCGGCGAAGCUUGGGUCAUAGAGAAGGAUCAGAUAUAGGGAGGCUGGGAGGGGUGUCCCUCACUCAGGACCUAAUCUGCUUACACGAUUGCACCCCACCCUUCCCCAGCGUACUUUGCUUUAAGUCUGGGACCCUGAUCGAUUCGGUCAAGUCCUGGGUCCGUACCGACAAGGCAGCAGCCCCAGAGGACCAGGGUCCACAAAGUCAGCUGUCACAGACCCAGCUAUCACAGAGCCAGCUAUCACAGAGCCAGGUGUCACAGACGCAGCUUCCCAAGGUACCGAACGAAGAAAAAGGCCACAGCACCAAGGCUUAAAUAAAGAUUUAUCUGGUUGCCUAAA